UCCAUUUUUACAACUGUAUCCGGCAGCGGUUACCGUUAACGCCGCUAUACACCGCUCCGAAUUCUUUCCGUCGCACUUUAACCGUUACAAAAACCUGUGCACCGUCGAGCGCCGUUUGUAACCAUCUCCGCCGACCAGAUUACGGAUUAUUAUUGAUUUGAGCAUGGCACACCGGAAUUCCCUAUCAGCCUCCGCCACCAUCGUGUUGGGAAUAGUGGCGCUGGUGGUGUGCGAUCCGGACGUCGAGAAGAAGAACCGCGAUCUGUCCCUGGACGCCGACGUGACCUUUAGCCAGGGUUUCGCCUCGGCCGGCUCGUCCGGCGGCGGCUUCUCGUCGCGCGCCGGCUCCUUAAGCGAAUGGUGCUCGGUAGCCUUCGGGAUUCCCUGUCGCGCCAGCGGCACCGAGUGCAAAGGCGGCGCUGCCGUCGCCGACCUCGUCGCCAGUCCGAGCAACCAGGGCACCGGGCACACCGAGUUCUGUCUGUGCAAGAACGGCUACGAGAAGGCCACCAGCAGCAUCUACGACAACCGCUGUCGCGCCCUGGUGUCGGCUAUUCCCGAUCCGACCAACGCCGAAUGCGAGUACCCGGAGGAUUGCGCGAAUUACGAGGGGAAGGCGCCCGGCAGCACCGUGUGCCGGAUGGAGCCCAAUAAACUGAUCGGCCGGUGCCAGUGCGGCACGGAGUAUGUUUAUGACCGCGGAAUUCCGGGAUGCCGCGUGUACGAUUGCCUGAAAGACGGCGACGCGAAAUGCAAGCAGGACCGCGGCGCCAACGCCCAGUGCACCGCCAUCCCCGGAUCGCCAGCCACGUGCGGCUGCAAGAGCGGAUUUAUGCUGCUGUAUGAUCCCCUCGUCGGCCGGCAGCAGUGUCGAGAUUUGGCGACAUUCAGAUGCGACGCCACCAACCUGUGCCCGGCCGCCAGCGGGACGACCUGCAACUCCACGGGACGGUGCGAGUGCCCGAAAAAUCAGGUGCUGAUGACGCAGCCCGGCAGCAAUGGACAGAGCGUCUGCAAAGCGCUGGCUAUUGGAAGUAUCGGGUGCACGGCGGACAGCAACUGUCCGGAGCGGGCCGUCUGCCAGCGGGGCGGCGGCGGCGCCGUCGGGAUCUGUCUCUGCCAGGACUACCAUAAAGCUACCAGCAGCAAUAACGGCUGCCAACUGGCGGUGGGUAUGUGCUGCAAGACGAGCAGCGACUGCGGCGAGCUGCGCAACGCCACCGCCCUGCCGCUGAGCUGCGUCCGCAAUCCCAGCACCGCCACCCGCGGCGUCUGCCUGUGCCAGGGCGUCGGCCAGAACGCCUGGGAUAUUGACCGCUGCAAAGCGGCCACCUGCUGAAUCUAAGAAACCCAAGAAACCCAAGAAACCUAAGAUGCCGAAUAUGCUUUAACUGGACACUCCCGAAAACACUUGCCCAGAUUUUGUUGGAAUUUAAGCCGGUUGCAACAUUCCCAGCUUGAAUUUUUAUAAUGCCUAUAAAUCAAACUUGUUUCUGAAUUUAUAAAAGAAAAUCAAUAAAAAUAACGUUGA